AUGACUAUCACCGCAUACUUCGAUGUCAACUACGCCGCUAAGAACGCGCAGCCCAAGACCGGACGUAUCAACUUCAAGCUCUAUGAUGAUGUAGUCCCCAAGACCGCCGAAAACUUCCGUGCUCUCUGCACCGGUGAGAAGGGCUUCGGCUACAAGGGUAGCUCUUUCCAUCGUGUCAUCCCAUCUUUCAUGUUGCAAGGAGGUGACUUCACCCGUGGAAAUGGCACUGGUGGCAAAUCCAUCUACGGUGAAAAGUUCGCCGAUGAGAACUUCAAGAAGCUACACAGCCGACCUGGUCUCCUCUCCAUGGCCAACGCUGGUCCCAACACCAAUGGUUCCCAAUUCUUCAUCACCACCGUCGUCACCUCCUGGCUCGAUGGAAAGCAUGUCGUCUUCGGCGAGGUUGCUGAUGCUGAGAGCAUGAAGGUCGUCGCAGAGAUCGAAGCCCUAGGCUCUGGCAGUGGAACCGUCAACGCAAGCGUCAAGCCCACCAUUGUUGACUGUGGUGCUUCCUCCUCUUAG